GGAGGGAAGCAGGAACACAACAGAGAGCGAGUCGCUUUGACAGCUGAGAUCUGUGCAGCUGAAACACGCCGUUCUUCAGUUGUUAGCGAGAACCGAAAUGUCACGAAAACCCAAAGAUGAAUAUUACCGUUUCUUUACCGUUUCCGAGCCACGCACACACGAGAAGGGGCACACCGAGUACAAAGUGUCGGCAAGGUUUGUGUCCAAGCGUCAUCCGGAAGAUGUGAAGGAGGUGGUCGUGUGGAGGAGGUUCUCAGAGCUGAAGAAGCUCCAUGGGGAGUUGGCCUACACACACAAGAACCUGUUCAGACGACAGGAGGAGUUUCCACCGUUCCCCCGCGCACAAGUCUUUGGAAGGUUUGAUGAGGCUGUGAUUGAAGAGAGGAGGAAGGCUACAGAGGCCAUGCUUCUAUUCACCACCAGGAUACCUGCACUCUACAAUAGCCCACAGCUCAAGGACUUCUUCAGAGGUGGUGAGGUCACAAGGCCUCUGGAUCCCACCCCUCUGUCCUCUGCCGGGCCUCUGCCUCCCCCGCUCAUCCCCCUUCCCAAGCGGAGGGCCUCGGACUGUGAACCCGCAGAGGAGGAGGAGGGGAGGGAGGCUCCCACCUUACCGCAAGACCUGGGGAACAACGUGGGCUUAGAGGUGGGGGAACCGGAGGUGGCGGCUGAGGCUUACAGCGAGAUGGGAGGCUCUCCAAGAGAAGAAGAACAAGAGGAGCUUAGUGAUACAGAGCUGGAUGAUGGAGCCAGAAACCACCAAUCACAAGAGUCCCAGGAAGAGUUUGAUUCCCUCUUUGACUCGGUGGCAGAGGAACAAGUCCCAUCCCCAAAGGAGGAAGUUCCCCCUCCACUGUCUGAUAAUGACUUGGCUGUGUUUGAUCCCUGCUAUAAACAAGAUGAAUCCAAUUCUGCCAGUGAUCACUCUGAAUUGUUGGCUCUGCUGCCAACCAAUCUGGAUGGCGGGGACACGGGUUACUUGAAUCAGGCUGCCACUGAGCUAACAGCUGCGAUGGAGAGGGAGAAGGACGGAGAAUUUAGUUGUGCCAUUCGUGGAUACAGGGCGGCGGUGGAUAUACUGAUCACUGGAGUUCAGGGAGAUCCAGAUCCGGUACGCAGGGACUCUGUGAUGAGAAGGACUGCCCAGUAUCUGAAGCACGCAGAGAUGCUGGUUGACCGGCACUCCUCGCCCACACACUCUCACACACCUACACACACACAUACACAGGACCCUUAGAUGCAAACACUCGUUGUACAUGUUUAUAGUUCUUUACACUGUUCACACAUGAUGACAGAUCAAAGACAAAGACGCUCAGGGUUGUGAUGUGCACACUUUCUCUCUGGAUAAAGAUACUCAUGUGCAUGCCUGCACAAAUGCACAGUUAUGAUACAGUACAGCACAUAUACAGACCAUGGGAAUACAUACUCCUUUGGGCCACAACAUUCAGAAAUACAAGCUCGUUUAGGUGCAAAGCUACUACCCCAGCACACACACAUGGAAGCACACUCCUGAGGUACACACUACACUGCAGACUGUUCCUUUAGCUGCCUUUGUUUAGUAAAAAUCUGUGAUUUACAUAAUGAGAAUAUCUGGAAACUGAACAUAAAACAUAAACUACAUGGAUAAGUAAUCCCUCAUCUCUCUCAUUCUCAAACUCUCUCCCAAUUUCUGUCUCUUGUUUAAUUUUUACCUUCCUUUUACAAUGUUUUCCUGUUAAAUACAGUAAUGAAUAUGGAUAUCAGUGAUUUGCAUUUUGCACAAAGAAUGUUUUUGUUAAUAAAUAUGAUUUUA